UGGAGGGCCCCGCCUCGCUCUUGCCUAGACCUUCCCAGAUGGCCCCUGAGGGGUGCAUAGGGUAGAGUCGAGGCAGGGCCAGUAGGGCCAGCCACAGCGGGCCCAGAGGCGGGCUGGGACAGGACACAGCAGCCUAGAUCGCUCCUCUACUUCCUCUGUUUCUGUCUCGCGCCGCCCUCAGCAGCCCGCCCUCCUCUGCUUGGCGCUGGGAGGCUGUUUUUCCAUUCGCAAGCGAGAAAGUUCCAUGCCGCUGUUUCUGUCUCUCUUUUUCUGGAGUUAAAUUUGUCUGCAGAUGCCUGCACUUCAUCUAUAGACGCCUGGCGUUAAGUUUGUUUGUAACCGGAGCCCAAAGCCCUGUUGCUUUCAAACGCAAAAGCGGUGAAGCCGCCACCGUGAGGCCCACUUUGCCUUGCAGCCCUGAGUCUGUCCAGGGUCCGCAGUACCCACACUGCUGUCACUCUGAGAGGCCAGCCCAGGAAGUCAAGGCCACGGGUGUCUGCAGCCAGCCCCAGGAAGCAUCAGCUCGGCCACCGCAGGUGAUAAAAUGGCAUAGUCAUGCUUUGCCUUCGGAUGUCCUCCUGCCUGCGAUCCUUCCGAGUCUCACCAGAAGCCACCAAUUCCACCGUCCUCUGCUGCCUCCUCCUAAGCCCCUAGCCCACCAGUCACCAUGGCUGCCUUGAUCGCAGAGAACUUCCGCUUCCUCUCUCUGUUCUUCAAGAGCAAGGAUGUGAUGAUUUUCAAUGGACUGGUGGCCCUGGGCACAGUGGGCAGUCAGGAGCUGUUCUCCGUGGUGGCGUUCCACUGCCCCUGCUCACCUGCCCGGAACUACCUGUAUGGGCUGACAGCCAUUGGAGUGCCUGCGCUGGCGCUCUUCCUCAUCGGAGUCAUCCUCAACAACCACACUUGGAACCUGGUCGCUGAGUGCCAGUAUCGGAGGGCCAAGAACUGCUCUGCUGCCCCCAACUUCCUCCUCCUAAGCUCCAUCCUGGGCCGUGCAGCAGUGGCCCCUGUCACCUGGUCCGUCAUCUCUCUGCUACGAGGGGAGGCCUACGUCUGUGCUCUCAGUGAGUUUGUGGACCCCUCCUCGCUCACAGCUGGGGAGGAAGGCUUCCCCUCAGCUCACGCCACAGAGAUCCUGGCCAGGUUCCCUUGUGGAGAGGGCCCUGCCAACCUGGCGGGCUUCCGAGAAGAGGUCAGCCGGAGGCUUAAGUAUGAGUCCCAGCUCUUUGGAUGGUUGCUCAUCGGUGUGGUGGCCAUCCUGGUGUUCCUGACCAAGUGUCUCAAGCAUUACUGCUCGCCACUCAGCUACCGCCAGGAGGCCUACUGGGCACAGUACCGCACCAACGAGGAGCAGCUGUUCCAGCGCACAGUGGAGGUGCACUCAAGGGUGCUGGCCGCCAACAACGUGCGCCGUUUCUUUGGCUUUGUGGCCCUCAACAAGGAUGAUGAAGAGCUGGUCGCCAAGUUCCCAGUGGAAGGCACCCAGCCACGACCACAGUGGAAUGCAAUCACUGGGGUCUAUUUGUACCGUGAGAACCAGGGCCUCCCACUCUAUAGUCGCCUACACAAGUGGGCCCAGGGCCUGACAGGUAAUGGCACAGCCCCUGACAACAUGGAGAUGGCCCUGCUCACCUCCUAGAGCCUGCUUCUUUGCAACACACCCUCAUGGCAUGCUCACUGCAACAUCAGAUCUGUUAACUACAGUGUCUAAUUACCAAGUGACCAAGGGGACAUAAAACAGCUAGGAGUUUGUAAGGAUCUUGUGGACUACAUGGUCUAGAGACUGGAGGGUGGGGUGAGACGGACUGGGUGGGUGGGGGGGGGUCUGAUUUCCCAGACUUGCUGAAAUCAUCUGUAGCCACCAACACACUGUUCACAGCUAUAGGCUUCCCCAGAGCUGGUCCUUCAGUAUGUGGGUGAUCUUUGGUGGGCCUGCAAGCUGAGAAGCAUCAGCUGGUAGAGCCUGGUGCCAGUACAACCCACUGGGGGGCUCGUUAUUUGUAACUGUGCAGUUAACUUGUGUCUAAUUGCAUAGGGAUGCCCAACUCCUGUAUGUACAGAUAGGAAGCUGCUUCCACUGUAUACCUCUGGUAUAAUUUUAUAUAUUUAAACUUUUUGAUAAAGCUUUUCUUACUUUAAAAGCCUAAA